AGCUAGCGUGAUUCAGCAAAACUCUUCCGUAGACCAUUGUGAUCAUCUAAUUCAAUAAAAUCACCAUUUUUGUUUAUUUGGUGUCCAAGUCGGCUCCCUUGUCGGAUCUUAGUGUAGUAUUAGCGGCUUAGACGGUAUCAUAGUACCGUGACUAGUGAUUGCUUUGUUUUUUUGUUUUCAUGUCCAAAGGACUGAUCGGAUUUGUCGUGUGGUUUAUCUGAUGUGAGUAGGAUGCUUUUGUUUUUGGAUAGUGUGUUAGUGUUCUAAAACUGUGUGUUGGUUUUUGCCUUUCGCUAUUUUGGUCCUAGGGUCCGAUGGCAAAAUACAUUCUUAAUAUUUUUGAACGAUUCAUAAAACAGCUAUUGCAUGUAUAGAAUAAAAAUUCAAACUAUGUAUGCAUUUUCUGCUCUGAGUAGGUACUAAGUUUUAAAUUAAGCACAAAAAAUAUCUUAUUCAUUGAAAUGGUAAGUUAAUAAGGUAGGUUUUCUCACGUAACCCGUUAUCCAAAUUAAACAGUAAUUACCAUAAAAGCUAAAUAAUAAACUACUAAAUACUUGAAAUCAUUAAUAUUGCGUUGACCAUGAGUGACGGAUACUAAAAUGCAAAUAAGCGUAUGAUGGCCUUACACGGUUUGUAUCAAAACUAUUAAUUUCUACCUAAUUAUAUCUCACUUGUCGCCCAUUAUAAUAAUAAACAGCGUAAUAAAGAAAAAUAAAGGAAAUUGCAUAUUAAAUAUUUAAAACUUUGCCCUGUGUCGCUACGAACAGAGACCAUGUUCGUUCUGUAUUAUUAUUAAACAGCUUCUUAAUCUCUUCUAUACUAAAGCAAGCAUUAAUCUUUGUGCUCCUUUUCUCUAAUCCAAAUCUUCCUUUGGUAGAACGAGACGACAAUAUGAGAGUGGUUUCUAUGUCAGCGAAUGAUUUAUACUUCUAUUUCAUUCGCACGCAUUCGUUUGUUUACAAGCGGGAGGGGGAACAUCGUGGUUGCAGGUUAUUGCUUUUGAGACCCGUUGCGGGCGAAAUUGUGCAGUUUACAAUGGAGUUAAGGUUUAAAAUACUUUGUGUGGACUUAAGUAAGUAACAAGAAGAACAGCUCCGCCUUAAAAAUGGAAGGUGGUAUGUAAAAAUUGAUGAACAUGUAUAGGAGUCCUUAAAGUGACAGAGUGUGCUGGCGUGUUGGGCAGUGUAUAUUGUCUCAAAAUGUUGCAGGACUGCGCGCCUCCAGCUCCAUUGUUUAUUAUCAAAAAGUGAUAAAUCAAAUGACUUUGCAAUAAUGCUGUUUUAAAACUUCGGCGUUUGCAAGCCUGUGUAACUAACUGACUAGUUUGUGAUAGUGUUUUGUGGACGGACGCUGUAGAUAGUGAAGACAACAGUGUUAAUAACUGUGAUAAUCACAACAAAUCAAGAUAAGCAAAACUGAACGUUGCGUGCAAGGUUUGUGGACAUUCAUAAACCGUUGGAAAUAUAUUGGACAGUUUAUUUUGUAUACUGGAACUUUACAAUUACGUCGUUAGAGACGUUUCCAUUUUGUGGCUCUCUUUGCAAGCUUUAAGUUUAAGUUUUAUCCAUGCAAUAUAUUGGUGUGCGAAGACUAACUUUUCAUAUUAAUUGUGAUGAAAGAACCCAGUUGUGAGUGAAAUCUUUACUUGGUGGCAGAUGAAUCCUUUUAUAUUGUACCUAUAAUAUUCAUCACCUUUAAAAGGGAUACUGAAACUACAAACAAAUUGAUAAUACAAUCACAGUAUUCUUGAUAUACAAAGAUUGUUUUACUUUUCCAAUAUAUUCUGUAUGUUAUGAUUUUAACUAUAUAAAACAAGGUGACAUAAGAAGCUGAAACAUUAAUAAUGUCGUUAAAUUGAAUGGCGGCCAUAUUAGCGAGCGUGUUGUGUGCGAGGUGAUGCGCGGAGAGGACCACGCCCACCAUGAGCUCAUUCCUCACCAACGGUGGGUACCAACCGCAGCCGGACCCCAAGUUCCCGCCCUCCGAGGAAUACAGCCAAGCAGACUACAUACCACCAGGGGAGUACUACCAACACCAGCACUUGCAGUACGGGUACCAGCAUCAGUAUGCUCCCGUUCAAAUUGGGACAGGGUAUGGUUACGGAGGGUACUACCACCCUCUGCCGCAGCACCCACCUGUCGCUCCUCCACCAAGACCUCCAGAGCCGUCGCAUCCAUCCGACGCGGACCAUGGCUAUCCUCCCCACAAUCCUGAAACAGCUCCGGGGCUGGCAGAGCUCGGGCUACGGCUAGAGAGACACAUUGAAGAAGCUGCUCCGGCAGGGAGGAAGCUUCACGCAUUGGGCCGAGAGGGCUCCCCUGGAUCAGAACUGGAUGACGAGAGACUUCUCCUCGACUCGCCGCCAGUAGAAGAUGAUGAUUCUUCCAUAUGUUCUGACAAUACAGACAGGGUUAUAUAUCCAUGGAUGAAAAAGAUACAUGUUGCUGGUGCUUCAAAUGGCACAUUUCAACCUGGAAUGGAACCGAAGCGUCAACGCACAGCAUACACGAGACACCAAAUACUAGAACUGGAGAAAGAAUUCCACUAUAACAGGUAUUUAACGAGAAGAAGACGAAUAGAGAUAGCGCACACUCUAGUCUUAUCCGAGAGGCAGAUCAAAAUCUGGUUCCAGAACCGGCGGAUGAAGUGGAAGAAGGACAAUAAAUUACCUAACACCAAAAAUGUUAGAAGAAAAACUAAUCCGGCUGGCGUCACCACUACCACGGCUAAGGGAAGCACACCAAAGAGUAGAUCGAAUAAGAAUACAAAUAACAAUGAUAAGAAGAAAUCGAACAACAACGGCCGACCAGACAGCAUAGAGAAUGUUACUGAUAACAUCAUGAAUGAUUUGCAUUGUGUAGGAGCGCAACAGAAUUUGUCGCAUGAUCCGGCAAUUAGCCCCAUGUCUCAUCCAGGGAGUCAAAUGAACCAAGGACAUCCCAUGACGCCACAUCAUCUUCACAUGAUGAGCAUGCAUGGAGGCAUGGACCCCGCUAUGCUGGCUAAUCUUGCAGCUCACGGCUCUCCCGUUGGUACGGCGGGCUGCGGCAGUGGCAUCCCGUCUAACCAACCAGUCAUCAAAUCAGACUACGGUCUAACCGCCUUAUAAUCUUUAGAUGUGUAAAGAAUAAAAAUCUAUUUUUCAUUAUUGAACUGUAAUUCUUACCAUUCCUUUGUGUCUAAGGUGUAAUAAAGUGAUUAAAUUAAUUUAAGAUUCAUUUUAAGUUGUGUAAGUAUUCUAGAGUAACCAGUCAUAAUCGGAUGUUUGGAUAGUUAGGUGAAAAACUUUACAAUGUCAAAAGUGUGAUUAUUAUUAUCUUAGGUAGGUAAGCAUCUUCUGAGUGUUGGACUUGUACAUUUUAUUUUAGGUCAUUGUCAGU